CAAAGCUAAUAUCUUGGGUGAUAUGGGGAGGAAAAGAGAAGGGUCAUAUACGUAGAAGCUUUAUAGAGGAGCUACCAACGGAGAUUCUAACGAUGAUUCUAAGAAAAUUACCAGGAAAACAAGCAUUGAUCUGCCGUUGUGUCUCCAAGACGUUUCUUAGUGUUUUAGACUCUCCUUGCUUCAUGGAGAGACAUCUUCGUGAUGAUCAUGAUGACGGUGAACCUCCAGCUUUGCUCACUUAUGGAGUCCAUGAUGUAGCAGUCUUUUAUAAGCUGUGGAUGUGUAAGACGAUGCUGGAAGAGAGUGAUGAAGCAAAAGUGUUGAAGGUGGACGAUCGACACCUUUGGAAUUAUCCUUGCAUAGAAACACAAUCUUAUUUUCACCCUAUAAGCUCGGGUGGACUAAUUCUAACCAGAUGUAAUUCUAAUAGUCCGUUUGUCUUCAACCCUAUACGGAAAGAGGUUAUGAAGAUACCAGCACAGGGGGACGAAAACGCAUGGAAACAGCCUCUAGGAUUCGGAUAUGAUCCCAAAGGAAACACUCACAAGAUCAUUAGUGUUUGGGAGACACAAGAGCACGUGCUUGUGGCCGAAAUAUUCAGCCUCGGAGAUACAGACACAAAAUGGAGGAGCUUAGACAUCUCCUCUUCCGCCUCCGCUCUACCUUUCGGCCAUGUUUCCUUCUCUUCUUCCACGGUGACAAUUGGUGGAUAUGUUUAUUGGACUGCCACUAUAAGCGAGGGAUCUCAAGGGGCUUGUACAUGUGGUUGUCGAUCUGCUGAGACAGGCUAUCGGUUGGAAACUAAAAAUUGGACAAAGCACAUGGUCCUAUAUAGGAGACAUUUGAGUGGUUUCCUCACCCAACUAUCAUCCAGGGGUCUCUCGUCCAACUCUUCCGCCUCACUAAUCUUCGAGGGACCUUGGCAAUGGUGGAUUUUUCUUCCGAGGAGUGUUUAGGGUUGUGGACACUGAGAGACAAGGCGAGAGGAGAAUGGUCUUUCGACUACAGAUUUGACGCCAAUGUGUUCAGAGACAAAGUGGGAUGCUUCUGCCGCGGCCAUGACUGGAGUACUAACAGAUUACAUGUGGUCGGUGCUUGGAAGGAAGGAUUGCUUCUACGGAUUUGGGACUCUACUGUCUGUAUUUACUUGAAUUUCAAGACAACACGUAUGGAGUAUAUUGGGUUUGAGAAUGAGAUUCAAGGAUUAAUAAGUCGGGAUUUCAUCAUCAGUUAUACUCCUAAUUAUCUACUACGUCUCAAGACUUACUAUGACCAAUCAAGAGUCAUAUGUGCUCAUCCUCAUGCUGGUGCACGUCUUCGAGGACGUCUCCAUUUUAUGCUUACGGGCGUAGAUGAUCUUCUUUAUGAGUUUAGGUAUUGUUUUGAUACUUUACACUCCACAUUUGAUGAGCUUAUUGGUUUUAGGUAUAAUGAAGACCGCCGUGAAAAAGACAAACUACUUGAGAAAAUUGUAAAAAUGAAGGAUAAAGCUGAAUGGAUUUUUCUUUAG